AAAUUUAUUCUGACAUAACCCAAAUGGCGGACGCUGCUCCAGCCGGUGGACAACAACGUGAAGGAGGUGGUGGUCGUGGUGGUUUUCGUGGCGGAUUUGGUGGUCGAGGUCGUGGCCGUGGUCGCGGACGUGGACGUGGCAAAUCCGAUAAAGAUGCCCAAAAAGCAUGGAAUCCUUUGACUAAACUUGGCCGUUUAGUUGUACAGGGACAUAUUAAAUCAUUGGAAGAAAUUUAUCGGUUUUCAUUGCCAAUCAAAGAAGCUGAAAUUAUUGAUCAUUUUAUUCGUGGUAAUUUAACCGAUGAUGUUUUGGCUGUAAAACCGGUACAAAAACAAACACGUGCCGGUCAACGUACCCGAUUUAAAGCAUUUGUUGCUAUUGGUGAUUCAAAUGGUCAUGUUGGUUUAGGUGUAAAAUGUAGUAAAGAAGUUGCUACAGCUAUUCGUGGUGCUAUUAUUAUGGCAAAAUUAUCCAUCAUACCUGUACGUCGUGGUUAUUGGGGUAAUAAAAUCGGUGAACCACAUACCGUACCUUGUAAGGUAACUGGUAAAUGUGGAUCAGUAACUGUACGUUUGAUUCCUGCACCACGUGGAACCGGUAUUGUAUCGGCACCUGUACCGAAAAAAUUAUUAACCAUGGCUGGUAUUAAAGAUUGUUAUACAUCAUCACGUGGAUCAACAUGUACUAUGGGCAAUUUUGCUAAAGCUACAUAUUUGGCUAUACAAAAAACCUAUUCGUAUUUGACACCCGAUCUAUGGCCAGUUUCGGCAUUGACUAAAUUGCCGUUUCAAGAAACUACCCAUUGAUAAUAAAAAAAAUUAAAAAAAAACAAUUUUUUGAAA